UGGUUGUUGGAGUAACUGCCGAAAAAUACGAAUGGAUCAGUGAUUGAUUCAUGUAUGUACUUUUGGUUAGAUUUGCGAUAUAAAUAGCGAAAAAGAUGCUUUAAUAAUAAUAAUUUAAAAAAAGAUUGAAAGAAGAUUAAUCAAGUUAUCGAGAUAAAGGAUUAUCAUGGGCGGUUUGCCGGACGUCACUGAGCUGAGAACACGGUUGGAGAACACUCUGAUAUCUUAUCAUAAUCUGGAGGAGAAGGAGUGGAACGUGGCAAAGAAAUCGAAAGAUGUCACUGUUUGGAGGAAACCUUCAUCAGAGUUCAGUGGCUUCCUGUAUAAAGUGGAGGGCAUGGUAAUGGAGAAGCCGUGCAGGAUAGUGGACUACAUUCGGCCGGGACCGUAUCGCUUACAGUGGGACAGUCUGAUGACCACCAUGGACAUCGUACAAACUCUAGACAAGGCGUGUUGUGUGAUGCGCUACACCACUGCAGGACAGCUGUGGAACAUCAUCGCUCCUCGAGAGUUUGUGGAUUUCUCCUACACCACGGAUUAUCAGAGGGGCCUCCUGUCCUGUGGUGUGAGUGUGGAGUGUGAGCAGCAGGAGCAGAGCUGUGUGAGAGGUUAUAAUCACCCGUGCGGUUGGUUCUGUGUUCCUGUCGAUGGUGGUGAAGUCGACGGUGCCCCCUACAGUCUGCUCAACGGAUACAUCCAGACCGACCUGAGGGGCAAAAUUCCCCAGUCCGCCGUGGACGUCGCCAUGGCAACCUCGCUCAUCAACUUCUACACUGACCUCAGGAAAGCACUUGCAACCUAGACCUGUCUCUCUCUCUCUCUCUCUCUCCCUCUCUCUCUCUCUCUAUCACUCUCUAUCUGUCUGUCUGUCUCUCUCUCUCUCUCUAUCUCUGUUUCUCUCUCUAUCUUUCUGUCUGUCUCUCUAUCUGUCUGUCUCUAUUUCUCUCUCUAUCUCUGUGUGUGUCUCUGUCUGUCUGUCUGUCUGUCUCUCUCUCUCUAUCUCUCUGUUUCUCUCUCUAUCUUUCUGUCUGUCUCUAUUUCUCUCUCUAUCUCUGUGUGUGUCUCUCUCUAUCUAUGUGACACUCUCUCUAUCUGUCUGUCUGUAUCUCUCUAUCUCUGUGUCUCUCUCUUUGUCUUUAUGUACCUAUCUCUCCCUGUAUCACUAUCUCUUUUUCUCUCUCUAUCUCUCUCUAGCUAUCUUUCUGCCUGUCUGCCUCUCUGUCUACCUCUCUCUAUCUGUCUGUUUCUCUCUCUAUCUGUCUGUUUCUCUCUCUAUCUGUUUGUCUCUCUCAAUCACUAUCUAUCUAUAUCACCCUGUCUCUCUCUUUCUCUCUCUAAGACGCCUUUCAUGUAGACAAAUCACAUCAAUAUAAUAAGUACGGCAUUAUAUUUUUGUAACAGAUAGAUAGAUAGGUAUAUACAGUAAAUUUGCACUUGUUCAGGUUGUUCUCACACUAGUUAUGUGACGAUAUCCUAAAUUCUGUAUUGCUCUUGCUCAGCAAGUGAGAGAUCGUUCCAGCCCCGUAUUACAGCGUGCCAUUAUCAUCACUUUUAUCAGCUGACCUGAACAUUUCAGAACUUUUCAUUUGUACUUUAUUAUCACAAACUACCGUCCUACUGAUAUAUCGUCACACCACUAGCGCAAGGACACAGAACAAGCAAUCCAUUUUGUGUAUAUAAAAAUAAAAUACAUAUUUCAGGAUAUUUAUUCCUGUGUUUACGUGUUCAAAGAGAAAACACGAAGUAAUGCAUGUGAAUUAAAAAAUUAGCACAUUACAUGAUGAAAAAAUGGAAUAUUUUUCCAUAAGAGAUGAAGAGAAAUACUUGAUAAAUGAUAUACAUCAGGAUUUUAUUUCCUUAUCUGAUUAUAAAUGUUACGGUGCAUAUUUAUGGAAAGCAUUACACAUCUCUUUAGUCUUAAAUGCUGACUGUGUCGUUAUUCUCGACUAGCUAAAAAUUCUAAAUCCAAUUCGAGAUAUUAAAGUUGAUUAGAUUGCAGUGUUUAGCAGAGGUGCAGAUAUUUCCCGUAGCUUUCAGACACUAAACGUUCUGUAAUGUGUAAUGUGCAUACUCCCAUACGGUGUAUAUUUAUAUAUAUAUAUAUAUAUAUAUAUAUAUAUAUAUAUAUAUAUAUAUAUAUAUAUAUAUAUAUAUAUAUAUAUAUAUCAUCGUUAUUAAAAUCAUUCAAAUGAACGGAGCUGAAGUGUGUUUCUGCUCCUUUACAUCACAUCUGUACUUUAUAAACAUUGAUAUUAAAUGGUAUUAAAUUAAAUUAAAUGAUAUUAGAUUUUGGAAACAGGUAACUAUGCCCUGUUUAUAUCUUUUUCUUUUCUUCUCUUUUCCUUUUUAUUUUUAUUUUUUUUACAAAUUCAUUUGAAAUUAAACCUAAAAGAAGUCCAUGUGUUGUAUCAUAGUGACAUUUGACAUGGAAGAAAAAAAAGAUGAAAAAUAUACAAAGCGUUAAUCUGUGCUUUGGCUUCUUCCAGGUGAAUAUCUGACUUGUAAUACUUUUAUCAUCCAGUAAAUAAAGUAUUUACUAAAGUAUGUACACAUCA